AAUAAGGUAGGCACUGAGGAGCGGUUGACAGGUUUGUAAUAGCCUUAAUGAUACUGUACACAUUAUAAUGUGUUAAAUCAUUUUAUAAAUGAAACAACUAUAACUUUGAAUGAUAGUGACAUAAAAUAGUACAAUGAGUAGUGCACUCAACAAUGCAUUCGGUCGAAGCUUGUGUAAGAUUAACCACCGUCUACCGCAAGCACACGUUCCGCGGGAAGUUGUACCAAUAGGAUUACUCAAGCCAUGGGUCGGCAAUAAAUCAACACAGCGAUUAACCCUCGGCAAUAAUAACACUACAGGAGGUGUUGCGAUGUUCAAACACCAAAUAGACACAGAUCACAUGGCAUAAUGAAGUCUGCAUUAACCACACAUCAUGCUUGAAGUAAUACAUGCGGAACAGACAUGCUUUUGAAAUGAGAGAGCGCCAUCUAAUGGGCGGAAAGGGGUCACCGCAUGGCCACCACCGGGCAGCGGGUAUCCAAUCCCAAGCGGGGAUACAUCUGGGCCAAAGGUAAUGGGCGGAGUCAAAGGGGAAGGUGCGGGAACCAUCGGGAAGGUUCCACGAGGAGGCGUGGCUAGAGGCGGAGCUUAGCUCCGCCGAGAGGGAUAUAAGCGGGGGCAGCGGAGGACUCGGGAGUCGGUGUGUGAAGCCUCAAGUCCGGACAGCGUCGCUGCACAAGCCUCUCCUCGUCACCGACCACGUGCCGGAACCCAGCGAGGCUCGCCUCUUUUCCCGGCACGCCGGCUCGCCUCUCCCAUUGGCACGCCGCCAGUUCGCAGCGGGAUCGGGGAGUGAGAGAGGGGCAAAUAGAGAGAACGACUCGUCCCCGGCCGCAAAGACAGAGAAGGGAAACAUACGGGGAGAGCGGGAGUGAGCUGUGCAAGAAUUCUACCAAUGAAAUACGCCAGUCAAGAUCGUCGUGGAAGUCGUUUAUUACACUUUGAUGACGAUGGCAAUGGACUGCGGUCACUGCACAAACGUUUCGUGAAUUUCUACGACGAGCCCUUCGACUUCUCUUGUCCCGAACACCAGUCCAUCUACCUCAUUUACAGCAUCGAAAGCACGUAUUACAAGGACCGGCUGUGGGACUACUUCUGCAAGCCGACAUUCGACACGAGCCAACCCGUCUCCUCCCACAAUGGCGACUACGUGAACGCUUUCGACAGGGAGAUUAACUUCACCUGCCCCGUCAACUCCGUGGUCACGGCUAUGGGGAGCUACCAUGACAACAGGGCCGAGGAUCGCAGAUGGAAGUUCACCUGCACCAUGCAGGCCGGCAUCUGCACGGAUGCGUGCCAGUGGACCGACUACCUCAACGACUUCCACUCGCUGCUCUUCUGGGUCGCCCCGGACUUCAAUUACCUGACGGGGGUGCACAGCUACCACUGCAACGACGCCGAAGACCGCCGCUGGAAAUUCCAGUACUGCCCCAAGUUCCCGUGCAAAACCGUCUACUGAGUGUCGGGUGGUCAGGGAUGAUGCAAGUGGAGUUUAUUCCUACAAAUGAGUUCUUACUUUUCAUGGAAUUUGUCGCGUGCAUUAACUGUUAUGCAUCGCAGCCUUUCAACUUGCACCGAGCGUCUUAUGAGGUUGGUUCAAAGUUAAGGGGCACUUUUGGUUGCUAGAAAACGUUGAAAGCAAAGUGGAAGUGCACACAUCUGACACUCAAUCGAUAGCAACGUUAUAAAUACGAAACAUUUUACGAAACAUUAAACGCACGUGCGGAUUUGUGAGCACAGUUCAGGAUCAGGCUGCUCAUUAUGUUCGACAAAAUGUGAAAGUGUAACCGAAUUAACCCUAUAUGCUUAGUUCUUUCGGUAAAGUCACGUUGAAGGGAAACAA